AUGCAUCAAAUGCUCAUCGGUCGCUCCCGACCAGUCGUCGGCAACAUCAGCCAAAGACUGCAGUCGGCGGACCCUACCCAACGACGACGACAUAUCAUGCGGUCGGAUACCUAUCGCAAGGAUAGCUCGGAACCCGGCCAUAUCCCCGUCAGCUCCUUACGCGUGCACGGCGCCGCCUGGGCCGUGGCUGGCGCCAGCAUGUACGCUACCCUGCAUGGGGUCUACAUGAUGCUCAAGUCCUUCCGGCAGAUUCGCUACAUCUAA